AUUAACUGAAGCGCUUGACUUGUAUCUGCAUGAUUUUAUGCAUUGUGCUGCUGUCAAGGGAUUGACUGAUUAGAGAAUUACAGACAACAGGAAGUGGAUGGGGGUUCCUAAUAAAGUGGCUGGAUUUUCAUCCAUCAUGAAGCUGCAUCUUUUUCUCCUUUGUCUCAUGGGUCUUGUGCCAAUCACAUUCCCCAUUCCGCUCCCACACUCUGCAUUGUUUUACGUCCAGGAGGUCAUGUCAUGGCCCGAUGCUCAGAGUUACUGCAGGAUGAAGUAUACUGACCUGCUUAGGGUUCAGGAUCAGAGAGUUUUGCUAAAGCUAAGAGAACUGGUGGCAAAUAACAUAAUGGUAACCUGGCCUCUCUGGAUCGGACUGUACAAUGACGUGGACAGUUGGCGCUGGUCCUUCAACGACCUCCCACUGAGAAACACAACUUUUGUGAAUUGGUACAGUGGAGAACCUGAUAAUUACUAUGCCCAGGAGUCAUGUGGGCACCUAUCAGGUUCCGGGGUGUGGAAGGACCAACCCUGCACAGCAUUGAAACCCUUUAUAUGCUACAAUGAAGGCAACAGCGGUGCUGACAGAUUUAUUGGAGUCAGUAAUCCUGCGCUGUCCUGGUCUGAAGCUCAGUCUUACUGCCGAGAAUUUCACACUGAUUUAGCCAGUGCACUUGACCAAACAGACAACGACCUGUUAACGCAGGUGGUGUUGGCCCAGGGCUCUUCCUGGUUUGGCCUGUUUAGGGACACAUGGAAAUGGGUGAAUGAUACAAUCGCUUCAGACCUCCAGUGGAUUCCUGGACAACCUAAUAACGCACAACAUCCGGAGAGCUGUGGGAGUUUUUAUCAGGGAAAUUUCCAGGAUGAAGCCUGCAGCGCUGGACACUAUUUCUUAUGUGAAUCGAUUUCACCAAUCAGGAGGAUUCAGAUGAAACUGAAGGUGAAGUCUGAUGGAAGUGUGCUUGAUCCUGCUGUGCAGUCGUCCAUUUUAGAUCAGAUCAAACAGAAACUGGAUGAAAAUGGCAUAUUGAACACUACAGUGUCUUGGAGGGUGCAGCCAGAUGGAAACGUCUUCCACAAGGAAAAAAAGGAUGAGCUGUAA